GGUGAUCCUUAGAGCACCCUUGAAGGAAUGUUUCCAGUCCUACUCGGGCUGGGCUGAAGACGGACCAGGAGCCGCAUAAAGAGAGUGGCCUGUGGAAACUUAUAGACGCCCCAUCUGGUCAGCCGGCACCAUGGACAGCGAGGCCUUCCAGAGCGCGCGGGAUCUCCUAGACUUGAACUUCCAAUCUCUGGCCAUGAAGCACAUGGAUUUAAAGCAGAUGGAGCUGGACACGGCGGCAGCCAAGGUGGACGAGCUGACCAAGCAGCUGGAAUCGCUGUGGUCUGAUUCGCCGGCAAACCCCAGUCCCCAGGCUGGAGCCGCCUCCAGGAUGUCCCGGUACAGCUCCAGCCCGAUCCCGGAGCCUUUCGGCAGCCGAGGGUCCCCACGGAAAGCGGCCACCGACAACGCUGACCCGUCGUUUGCGCGCUCGGAGAAUGCCUCGACCCUGCUCCCCUACAGCCAGCUGUCCCCCAAGGGCCGGCCGUCGUCGCCGCGCACCCCGCUCUACCUGCAGCCCGAUGCCUAUGGCAGCCUGGACCGCGCGCCCUCGCCCCGGCCCCGCGCCUUCGACGGGACGAGCAGCCCCCUGGGCCGCGCGCCCUCCCCGCGGCCCGGCUCCGGCCCGUUGCGCCAGCAGGGGGCCCCCACGCCCUUCGAUUUCUUAGGGCGCGCCGGUUCCCCGCGGGGCAGCCCUCUGGCCGAGGGACCCCAGGCUUUUUUCCCGGAACGAGGACCCUCGCCGCGCCCCCCGGGCGCCGCCUACGACGCGCCGGCCGCCUUCGGGAGCCCCUUGCUGGGCGCGGGCGGUAGUGCCUUCGCCCCGCCGCUGCGCGCGCAAGACGACCUGACCCUGCGCCGGCGGCCCCCCAAAGCCUGGAACGAGUCCGACCUGGACGUGGCCUACGAGAAGAAGACUUCACAGACAGCAAGUUAUGAGCGCUUGGAUGUCUUCUCACGGCCCGCCUCACCGAGCCUACAGCUGCUCCCCUGGCGAGAGAGCAGCUUGGAUGGGCUGGGGGCCUCUGGCAAGGACAACCUCACCAGCGCCACCUUGCCGCGCAAUUACAAGGUCUCCCCGCUGGCCAACGAGCGGCGCUCGGAUGUGGGCGGCUACCGGCGCUCCUUGGGCUCCGCGGGAGCCUCGGGCACGCUGCCCCGCAGCUGGCAGCCGGUCAGCCGCGUCGCCAUGCCUCCGUCCAGCCCGCAGCCGCGCGGCGCCCCCCGCCAGCGGCCAAUCCCCCUUAGCAUCAUCUUCAAGCUGCAAAAUGCAUUCUGGGAGCACGGCGCCGGCCGGGCAGUGCUCCAUGGCUCCCCGGGUUUUGCGCGAGCACCCCCUCCCAAGAUGACCUCCCAACCCCAGCCGCAGCCCCAGCCCCAGCCACUCCCACAGCUCCAGCCUCAACAACAGCCCCAGCCACCGCCUCUGCAGCCCCAACCGCCCCAACAACCCCAGCCCCCUACCUCUGGCCCCCAGGCCCCCCAGCAGAAUUGGCCUGCUAUGAACGAAGGCUCCCCCAAGCCCGCAGCUGCUGCCACCACUGAGUUGGAACCGGAGCCGGAGCUCGAGGGGCUGUUGGCACCUUCCCUGGAGGCCGGGGAUGUGGACGAAGGCCCUGUGGCCCGGCCGCUCAGCCCCACGCGGCUGCAGCCAGCGCUGCCCCCGGAGGCGCAGUCGGUGCCAGAGCUGGAGGAGGUGGCCCGCGUGCUGGCCGAGAUCCCUCGGCCUCUCAAGCGCAGGGGCUCCAUGGAGCAGAGCCCCACCGUGGCCCUGCCGCCCACCCACAAGAAGCAGUACCAGCAGAUCAUCAACCGCCUCUUCCACCGCCACGGCGGCGCGGCAGGGCCCGGUGGUCCUGCUGAGCCCGAGCUGGCCCCCAUCACUGAGGGGUCUGAGGCCAGGGCUGGGCCCCCUGCCCCUGCCCCGCCGGCCCCCAUCCCGCCUCCACCGCCGCCCCAGAGCAGCCCCGCGGAGCAGCCGCAGAGCCAGGAGAUGCGCUCGGUGCUGCGGAAGGCUGGCUCCCCGCGCAAGGCCCGCCGCGCACGCCUCAACCCGCUGGUGCUGCUGCUGGACGCGGCGCUGACCGGGGAGCUGGAGGUGGUGCAGGCGGCGGUGAAGGAGAUGAACGACCCGAGUCAGCCCAACGAGGAGGGCAUCACGGCCCUGCACAAUGCCAUCUGCGGUGCCAACUACCCCAUCGUGGACUUCCUCAUCGCCGCGGGCGCCAACGUCAACUCCCCGGACAGCCACGGCUGGACCCCGUUGCACUGCGCGGCGUCCUGCAACGACACGGCCAUCUGCAUGGCGCUGGUGCAGCACGGCGCUGCCAUCUUCGCCACCACGCUCAGCGACGGCGCCACCGCCAUCGAGAAGUGCGACCCGUACCGCGAGGGCUACGCCGACUGCGCCACUUACCUGGCAGACGUGGAGCAGAGCAUGGGGCUCAUGCACAAUGGCGCGGUGUACGCGCUGUGGGACUACAGCGCUGAGUUUGGAGACGAGCUGUCCUUCCGUGAGGGCGAGCCGGUCACUGUGCUGCGGAGGGACGGGCCCGAGGAGACUGACUGGUGGUGGGCUUCGCUGCACGGCCAGGAGGGCUACGUGCCCCGAAACUACUUCGGGCUCUUCCCCAGGGUGAAACCGCAGAGGAACAAGGUCUAAACUGGAUGGACGGAUGCUCAGCCAGGAGGCAGGAGUGGUCAGAUCCGCGUGACUUCAUCAUACACCUUGCCCUCCUGGCCUUGCUGUGUGCCCCCGCGCCCUAGCCCUAAGGGGCAGGCUCCUGGUUCUCUGCUUUCCCACCAGCCACCCCUGCCCCUGGAGUGGGGGCAGAAUGGAAGUGCCUCUCAGUUUAGUGGUGACCCACCAGUGGGGUGUGGAACCACUGAGGGCGGGCACGCCCCCACGCCUUUGUCUUCCCAAGUGCCUCCCACUCCCUCCACAGUCGCAGCCCCCCAGCUAGCACAGCUGGGGCUGGGUGACCUGCCAACAGCCCUGGGCGCUACCUGCCCACCUCCUGUCUUCCAGCAGUCUCUGGGACCCCGGGGGAGGCAGGCUGCCACCUGUUAAGUGCCUUGCCCAGAGGGAGCAAGGGGUUGUGCAUUUAUAGCCAUGGGGGCAAUG